AUGGAGGGGGCGCCGCGGCUGACGCAGGGGGCGGUGAGGGAGAUAUGGGAGCUGCCGGACGGGCCGGGGACCAUCCAGCCGGUGCUGCAGGUGGCGGACCUGCGCGCCGUCACCACCAAUAACCACGUCGGCCACCAGUCGGAGCGCUACCGCAUGCUGCUCUCCGACGGCGUCCACUCCCAGGAGUCCAUGCUCGCCACCACCCACAACCACCUCGUCAAGACCGGCGCCCUCCGCCUCGGCUCCGUCGUCCACCUCCACGACAUCACCUGCAACACCAUCCAGAACCGUUGUACAAUGGAUGCAUUUCACAAUUUAUUGUUCUGUAAUAAUAAAGCUAGUCUCUCUGCUAUGCAGGACGCGAUUGAAGAGUGCCGAAAGCUCUGCGGUGGACAUGGUUACCUGAACAGCAGUGGGCUCCCUGAACUGUUUGCGGUCUAUGUUCCUGCCUGCACCUAUGAAGGAGACAAUGUCGUUUUGCUGUUGCAGGUUGCAAGGUUUUUUAUGAAGACCGUCUCUCAGGUGGCCACUGGGAACCAACCUGUCGGCACCGUAGCUUACAUGGGUAACAUACAACACUUGAUGCAAUGCAAAAGCGCUGUAAAUACAGCCGAAGACUGGCUCAAUCCUGCUACCGUAAAGGAGGUGUUUGAAGCUAGGGCCCUGAGGAUGGCCGUGAACUGUGCCCAGAACAUCAGCAAGGCGCCAAGCCAAGAAGAAGGUUUCUCUGAGCUCUCACCUGAUUUGCUCGAGGCUGCCGUGGCUCACGUCCAGCUGAUCAUUGUGACCAAAUUCAUCGAGAAGAUGCAGGAGGACAUCCCUGGCCCUGGGGUGAAGGAGCAGCUCCAGAAGCUGUGCAGCAUCUACGCGCUCCACCUACUCCACAAGCACCUGGCCGGGGAGAGGGCCACCGCCCACUUCGACGUCGACGCCAUGAAGGUCGCAUAGGCAGGCUCCCGCCACGCCAUCGAGGUCGCCGACCGCAUGGCCAGGCUCGUCGCAUCAGACCCCGUAAGCACUGCGGCACACCCCGUAAGCACACGGGGCCUGCUGUCUACUAAAGUUUUUCUGCAAGCAUACUGCAUUUUGUCGCGUGUCAUCAGAAUUGAAUUGGUAAGAUGCCUAUGCAAGCAGUGCUUUGUGCAGGAUGCUCCAUAUUACCUUUAUUUUUUUGCUGAAAUU